AUGCGGGCCGCGCUGGACAGCCAGAACCCCAAGUCGGCACUCACAGAGCUCAUCUUGGAUGUGGCCAAGGAUGCUAGCGAUGCUCUCAUGGAGAUGAGCCUGCCUGAGCUGAAGCAGCAUGCGCAAGAGAUGGGCAUCACAGAGGCCCAGCUCUCCAGCGCCGAGAAGAGCAAGAAUCCGAAGGUGGCUCUCAUCAUGGCAAUCUUCGGGAGCAAUCGCGAUCAAGAAGUACAGCUGGCAGAAACGGCCCCUGGAGAGGUCUCCUUCGACGUUGGCACCAGCAUGCAGUCGGUGGAGGCGCAUGCAUUGGAAUUGCGGCGCAAGGAUUUGAGCCAAGAGCCCGGCCCUCAUCAGCUCGGCCCUGGUGCAUUCGGGCUCGUCUGGUGGUAUUUGAACGCUGAAGAAGAGGAGCGACAGGAAGAUGUUCUCCAACCGCCGGCAUCGCCAGAGGGAGCCGCAAAGGCCUUGCCGCCCGUGCCUAGCUCUCAGGGGCGCCUGCCAGAGGUGAAGUUCGAAGACGUAGCGUCUUCGCCUUCGCACCUGCUGCCGUGGGCGGCGCUCCAUGCCCCACUGAAACCGGGCCACAGGACAAAGCUUGCAGCUCAGGCUGUGUUGGCCCAAGCUGGCGUGCAGGACGAGGAGCCAGACGCCGUGGAGGAAGUCUCCCUGGUCCAGGCUCUGCAUUUGGUCCACUGGUGUUGGGCGCACCCACAUUCUGAAAUGGCAGCAUCAUCCUUGGUGCCCAUGCUUCUCCUUGGAAACCAGGGCAAAGUGGAGCUUGACUGGGCCUUGAUGCUGCUGGCCUUGCACAUGUGGCGGCGGGCCUCUUCCACGGCAGAUCGAAAGGAGUUUCUGGUAGACAAUGAGCUGCUGCAGGCACCAACGUCAGGUUUGAGCUACUUCUUCUCGAAGAGCUUGGACGAUGUCGAUGCCGGAAAGACUGCCAUGUGGGGUCAGGUGGUGGUUGGCAAGAGACAUGGCGAGUGGGUAAAAGUUGGCCAUUGCUGCUACCUCCCGACGUCGCUGAACGGAGUUCAGGUGCUCCGUGAGGACUUCGACCCCUCCGAAGUCGCUGGUGAGCGGGCCAGAUGGAGGCAGCAUAGCCGCAAAGAAGGAGGACACAUCAGUGCAGCAUAG